CACUCCCAGUUACAACCUCUGCGCGAGCCUUCGGAACUCUUACUUCACUUGCCUCAGAGCGAGCCGCCUGAGUCGGGUGACGUCAUCCUGGCACACAAGAGUUGGGAGUAGAAAGCAGGGACAAGCUAAGUGGGUGAAGGAAGUGGAGUUCUCCACCCUCCGCCUUCUCUGACACUUCUCAUAAAUAUUACUAAGCUUUCAUCUAACGACUCACAGCAGAAAGUCACCUCUGCUUCGGGUUUGAACAAGCAUUAUUUUACCAGUCGUUGUUUAUCAGUUAAGAAGAGCAUUGUUUUUUGUUGGUUUAGACUAUUUGUGUUCCGUGGCUUCUGGACUCUCUUGGUAGACAGUCCGUCUGUUUUGGUGCGCCGCUACGGCAGUUUUUUACCCAACUUUGUGCGCCUUGUUGCGCUCUGCGCAACCAAGGAGCCUUUGCCUCUCGCCCGGUGUAGACGGCUCUCUACACGGCUAUCGCGCUGCUGUCCGCACAGCCAGGACUUUGUGAAACUCAACGUCCAGUACUUGCAGAUACUCCAAAAUCCAUCUUGAUAGCUGGAAUUUUAUAAUCCUUGGAAAAUAUACAGUUGGGCGACUCAGGAGUCAGGACUUUACAUACAUCUAUUCGUUUCAGCGAAAACUGUACAUUUCAUGUUUUGAUAUCGUUCAGCUGAUGCUUUUGCACAGACAGAGGAUUUUGAUUCUGAAAAUAGAAAAUAAACGACAGUGUCCACGAUGAGCAAACCCGCCGGGUCAACAAGUGGGUGUUUGGAUAUUCUGAAUGUUAAAUCAAGUCGUAUCUUGGAUAUCCCGUGUAAAGUGUGUGGGGACCGGAGCUCUGGGAAACAUUAUGGCGUGUACGCGUGUGACGGCUGCUCUGGCUUCUUCAAGAGGAGCAUCCGCAGAAACAGGACAUACGUCUGUAAAUCAGGUUCUCAGGGAGGAUGCCCCGUGGACAAAACGCACAGAAACCAAUGCAGAGCGUGCCGUUUGAAAAAAUGUCUUGACGUGAACAUGAAUAAAGACGCCGUUCAGCACGAGAGGGGUCCCAGGACGUCCACCAUACGCAAGCAGGUCGCCCUAUAUUUCCGGGGGCACAAAGAGGUGAACGGUUCAUCGACCCACUUCCCGGGCUCGAGCCUACCGGGGCCACCGUUUUUCACUACAGUCACGCAAUUGGAGCCACAUAACUUGGAAAUGAGUGCCGUAGCCAGCACGCCGGAGAGGCAGGCCAUCGUUGGACUGGCCCAGCCCACCCCGAAGUACCCUCACGAGGUCAGUGGCACGCCCAUGUACCUCUACGAGGUCGCUACGGAGUCCGUGUGUGAGUCAGCUGCGCGUCUGCUCUUCAUGAGCAUCAAGUGGGCCAAGAGCGUGCCCGCCUUCUCCACGCUCCCCUUACCUGACCAGCUGAUCCUGUUGGAGGACGCCUGGAGGGAACUGUUUGUUCUGGGCAUAGCGCAGUGGGCCAUUCCGGUGGACUCCAACACCCUGCUCGCUGUUUCCGGUAUGAACACAGACAACACAGAGUCCCAGCGGUUGAAUAACAUAAUCUCAGAAAUACAAGCCCUGCAGGAGGUCGUUACUCGCUUCAGACAGCUGCGUCUGGACGCAACCGAGUUCGCCUGUUUGAAGUGCAUCGUCACGUUCAAAGCUGCUGUGCCAACGCAUGGCGGGUCAGAGUUGAGGAGUUUCCGCAACGCCAGUGCCAUCGCUGCGCUACAGGAUGAGGCACAGCUCACCCUAAACAGUUACAUACACACCAGAUAUCCAACUCAGCCCUGCCGCUUUGGGAAGCUGCUCCUGCUUCUACCAGCUCUGCGGUCAGUCAGCCCGUCCACCAUAGAGGAAGUAUUUUUCAAGAAGACCAUCGGGAAUGUGCCCAUCACAAGGCUCCUGUCUGAUAUGUACAAAUCAAGCGAUAUAUGAGUUUAUUUCCCCUGCUUUCGAGUGUCUGCAAAUGCUCAGACACAAAUGUUCUAAUGAGCGCAUGGCAAGUUGAACUUUAAGAACUGAGUAAUUUGUAAAUUACAUGCAUAUUGAAGACAGUAAAAAAGCUUGAUUUUACCAAGUAGAACAAUCAUCUUUGGGUUAGGCUUAAGUUUUGAGGAUGUAAUUUCCCUAAUAGAAUUGCCUAGCCAAUUUAAGUAGGUUACAAUUUCACAAAAUACUGCAAUCUCUGGUUUUUACAAAAUAAGGAUAAUCUUCAAUUGUAAAGACUUUUACAGUGGAAUGAGCCAUCUGUCCAUAAUUGAUGAACCUAUAAAAACAUGGAGAUGUUUUUGAGUGUCUCUAAGACCAAUGAGCUUCACAACAAAUGCCCUUUCAAUCUUUUAUUGCAUUGUUCAAUCUGAGUGAAUGGAAGAAACCAAAAAAGAUUACUCGCAACUCGAGCCACGGUCAAAUGUGAUAUGGGUUGCACUUGACCCAGUGCUGAAACCAAAGGCCGUGGAGCGUCACAACUGCCGAAGAGGAGGCACCACCUCCUCAAGAUGGGACAACACCGACUGUUCUCUACAAGCUUGUGUGAUGAUCCCAUACACUCAGAGGAUUGAGAGGAAAGAGCCGAUCAGGGCCCAAUAUUUUUUAUUUUUGAAUCUAUCUGGAUUUCGCCUAUCAGAUAGGAUUAAAUGUAUAGAAAUAUAAUCAAUAGAAUGGGAGUCCCCAUUCAAGUAUAUGAUUAGUCUGUUCUAUUAAUUAUAUUUCUAUGCAUUUAAUCCUCCCCGAUAGGGGAAAACUAUAUACAGUACCAGUCAAAAGUUUGGACACACCUACUUAUUCAAAGGUUUUUCUUUAUUUUUACUAUUUUCUACAUUGUAGAAUAAUAGU